GUGUUGUCACAAUGGGAGGCGUGAAGAGCCCGAGGUGGGGGGCGGGCUGUGGGCUCCCCAGCCCAACCGCAGCCUGGCCAGAAAGGGCAGACAGAUAAUGAGUCCUUCCCGCCCCUGGCCCCAGAGAGGGAGGGGUUUCCUGACAGGAAAUUGUCCUCCUCCGAGCCCCCCCACCUUCAGAUCCAAGCUCUCCGCAGUCCUGGCAGAAGUAGCCUGGAGACAGGACAGCAGCAGGGCCAGAGGGACAGGCACGAAGGACAGAGAAGGAAACCCCGUCCCCAUUAGCAGCCACUCGCUGCCCUAGGCACCACGACUCUCCUCCCUGUCCCUAAGGAUUUGCCUAUUCUAGCUGUCUCCUGGUCCCCACCUGUGAAAAUGCCCAUCCUGAAGAGUCUAGGGGUGACAGACCCCAAGGUGCCCCGGGCGGGGACCCUGCCCCUGAGGUCCUCUCGGAACCCCUUCGAAGAAGUUCCAGGGCUGGAAGAAGAAGAGGCUGGGGAGCUGGGGACCCUGCCCAACGGGACAUCCUGCCGUCGCCGCGCCACCCUGGAGAAGCUGGCGGGCCUGGCCCCCUUCCGGCUGGGCUGGGCCCCGGGCAGGCGGGCAGGCAGCCCCGGGGAUGGGCAGCCCCGCUCCUUCCUGGGCCGCGUGCUGCCGCCGGGGAUACGCAGGAGCUCAGCAGACUUUGGCCUCCUGGCCCGGCUUCAGGGGACCCGGACCCAGGGCGACGAGGAGACCGUUGGGGAGGCAGCCAGGAGACUGGCCUUCCUGAGGCUGGGGCGCGGGCCCAAGCCCCGGCGCACGUCCCUGGCAGAGAGAGUGGUGCCUGCCGGUGAGGCAGCUCCUGAACCCCCACCCAAGGUCCCGGAGCCCCCAAAGAUGAAGGAGCCGUUGUCAGUGCUGGAGAUCCUGAGCCUGAUCCAGCAGCGCGAGCUGGCGCGGGCCGACGAGCACAUCCUGGAGCUGGAGGCCGAGGAGCUGGCGUCGUCGGGGGGCGCCCCGGGCCCCCCCAAGGCCGAGGGCGGCGGCGGGGGCCGGCGGGCGCGGGACGUGGCGCUGCUGUACGAGGCGCUGCAGCGCGAGCUGUGGGCGCUGGUGCGCGAGACGCUGGCGGGCCCCGGGCCGGGCGCGGGCGCCGGGGCGGGCGCCGUGGCGCAGCUGGGCCAGGUGCUGGUGCAGGAGAGGCGCCGACGGCGCCGGGGGCCGGGGCCCGCCGCAAGCUGCGCGCCCGCUGGCAGAGGCGCUGGAGCGCUGCGGGCGCGGCUGCUGGAGGACAUGGCGGUGGUGCGGGGCCGCCUGGCGCCCGCCUACCCCGCCGGCCUGGGCGCCUUCGGCGUCUACCUGCGCGGCUACCACAGCGCGCUGGCCGAGUGGCUGGGGACCUCCGCCCGCCGCGGCCUGCCCGCUGGCGAUCCGUACGCGCUGCGUGCACGCACAACCAGGUGUACCCCAGGUGAGCGGGACCGCCUCGGGCUGCCCAAAGUCGCCUAG